CGUUGGAAAACAAAAAUGGCGGCGGGGAACAGCAACUACUGGGAAGACCUGCGGAAGCAGGCUCGGCAACUGGAGAACGAACUUGAUUUGAAGCUGGUAUCCUUCAGUAAACUUUGCACAAGUUAUAAUGGUGCCACGACACGAGAUGGACGACGCGACAGGUAUAGUUCUGAUACAACGCCUCUUCUAAAUGGAUCGAGCCAAGACAGGAUGUUUGAAACAAUGGCUGUGGAAAUAGAACAGCUGCUAGCUAAGCUCACGGGAGUAAAUGACAAAAUGGCAGAGUAUACUUCAUCCCCUGGUGUUACAUCAUUGAAUGCAGCACUCAUGCACACACUACAACGGCAUAGAGACAUUUUACAGGAUUAUACACACGAGUUUAAUAAAACAAAAGCUAAUUUUAUUGCAAUCCGAGAGCGUGAAGACUUGUUGGGAUCAGUUCGGAAGGAUAUUGAAUCUUACAAAAGUGGAUCAGGAAUUAACAACAGAAGAACAGAACUGUUCUUAAAAGAGCAUGAGCACCUUCGCAACUCAGAUCGGCUGAUAGAAGAUACAAUAAGCAUCGCUAUGGCAACAAAAGAAAAUGUGACAUCACAACGAGGAAUGCUGAAGUCUAUACAAAGCAAAGUGAACUCUUUGGCCAACCGAUUUCCUGCCAUUAACAACCUGGUUCAAAGGAUAAAUUUGAGAAAACGCAGGGACACGUUAAUCUUGGGAGGUGUUAUUGGUAUUUGUACUAUCCUAUUACUACUGUAUGCUUUUCACUGAUAAUGCAUCUCCAUAAGAUUUCUCUGCAGCUGCAAAGCACUGGGGAGAGAGUGGUGGGGAACUUGUGGACCUGCAUAUAUUGACUGGAUUGAGUACGAUGGAUCUAGGUGACACUGGAAUACUUUAAAAGAGAUUCCUGCAGGCUACAGUUGUGUGAUUGGUUUAUGAUAAAAUGUUAAACCUCAGAUUUUUAAUUAAUUAUGCUCUUGGAAUAUAUGAUUUUGAAACAUAGCUCAUUACAUUUUGUGAAAGGAUGUUUUAGAAUGCAAUCUGUUAACACUUCCUUCUCCAUCUCAAUUAUCCACAUUGAAAGUUCCUGUAUCAUUUCUGAGCAAUUACAUAGACCAAUUUAGAAAAAAAAAACUGUUCUUUGAAUCAUCCAUCUUGAUGCAAGUGUAUUUUCAAGAGCAUAUACAUUGUGUACAUAAAAUUACUUUCAUACACAAAUGUUCUGCAGGACCAUAGUGUAUCUGUAUGCUGUGUAAGUCAUGGUUUUGCUCCUUUUGAUGGGUUUGCAUACCCAUUGUCUGCUCUCUCACCCAGAUGAAUGCAAAAGCCAAAUUUUCUGAAUACUGGAAAUCUGAAAUAAAAACACAAAAUGCAGCAACACUUAGAUCCAGCAGCAUGUGCUGAGAGGAAAACAAAAGUAGAAUCAGGUGGAUGACUUUUAGUCAGAGCCAGUUUCAGUGAAUAGUUGCAGGCUGAAACAUCAGCUCUGUUUCUCAUUCCAAGAUGUUGCCAGAGCACUUUCUGGUUUACUCAGAUGAAUGGUUUAAAUUCAGUCGAUUUGGUUACAGAGCAGCCUUUGCCAAGACCAAGGAGCAACUACCAAACUUACCCUUUCUCGUGGAAGAGAAAACAAAAGCAAGAUUUUUAAAAAUAUAUACCUAGACAUCCAUUCAGUCAUAAACUUUCAGUUGUUUAUCCAGUAUCCCAAAGCUUUAUUAAUAUGGCAAACUUUCAUAUAGUUGUCAUGUGUCCAUGUACUAAGCUUAUUUAUAUCAACUCAUUCUGUGCCAUUGGUAAACUUUGGUAAUGUAUUAAAAUAAGCUUAUGAAACCACAUCCCACAUAAACCAAGUAAUUUCAACCCUCUUUUUAAUACACAUGGGUGUAAUAUAUUGACACAUUUGGGUAUUACUACAAAAAAUACUAUUGCCAAAGCCUAUGUUUCAAAUAAAAUGUAAAAUAUUAGAACAUCUGGACUGAAAACCCGCACCACAGUGAAUGGAGAAAACUUGUUUUGGGUUUUGUUUUCAGAUAUUUGCAUUAAGGCUGUGAAUUGCCCUUUAUCCCAUUAUGUGUUUGAAUCACUAUACAUUUACUCACAAACCACUAACUGUUGCCUCCUUAAUGACUUCCAGAGAAUAUUACAAACUGUCAGUUUCAAUUCCUCAGAUUGAGGUAACCAAUACAAAUGUUAUGGUUUGGAAUUCAUGCAGGUACAAAACUUAAUGCUUGGAAAUAUGAAUCAUUCCAAUAGUGUGUUCAGAAAGAAAUAACACUUUUUUUUGUACAUUUCACUGUUUUUGGAUGCAGGCUAUGAUCUAUUUGUCUUGGCAUCUUUGAUGAAUUAACUUGACACUCUGGCAAGCAAGAGUUGACUGGCUAACUGGAUCAUUUGAAUUCAUAUUGUUCAGUUGCUUAGUUGGAUUUUUGUUUACCGUACAGUUGAGUUGAUCCAUAAAGAAGGUGCAGUUCUGCCGUAAGAUAGAGCUCUCACAGCCGCUGUAUUUGUUUAUCUUUUCAAAGCUUUUGGUGUCAAAGAUCUAUUUGUUUUUCAGGAUUCCCUCCCCAGCCCGCCCACCCCACCUCCAUCCUUCCUCUACUGCCUUCAUCUUCCUCUCCCUCAUUUGCUUCUCCAAAUGCUUCUGGGAAUUUUGUUAAUGUAGAUUUUAAUAAUCUUGUAAGAUAAUUUUUUUUCUCCACCAAUGUGCAUUUUCUGCAUUGUACAGAGGAGCUCUGACUGUGUAUGUAAUUUGUUAAUAAAUUAGAAUCCUAUGUGAUCCUG